AUGAAGAAAUUUUUGUUUAUGAUUUGCUUGUUAAUUGCAAUUGCUAAUUUGCAUUCAACUCUUGGGCUUAAUUUAAGUCCAAAAGGAGUUGAAAAAUGGUUCAAGAAUUUAUCACAUGCAAAGGAAAAAAUGACCAAAUUUCACUUUUAUUUUCAUGAUAUUGUGAGUGGAAAUGAUCCAUCAGCAAUUCAGAUAGCACAAGCCAAUAUUACCUCUUUGUCACCCACAUCUUUUGGGUUAGUGAGGAUGAUGGACAACCCAAUGACUAUUGGACCAAAUAUCAAUUCCGAGGUAAAUAUUGAAGUCUUAAUUGGUCGAGCUCAAGGAAUAUAUGGCUUCACCUCGUUUGAAGAUAGAGAACUACUUAUGACUUUUAACUUUGUGUUCACCCAAGGCAAGUACAAUGGCAGCACACUCAGUAUCCUCGGACACAAUCGAGUGUCUCGCGAGUAUCGUGAGUUGCCGGUGGUUGGUGGUUCUGGUGUUUUCCGGCUAGCACGAGGUACUGUGACGGCGAGAACUUAUUGGUACAAUGCCACUACUCGUGAUGUAAUAAUUGAAUGUCAUGUUAUAAUUUUACAUUAUUGAACUCCUUAAUUUCCUCCCUAUUUGUUUAGUUUGUUUUUGUAAUUGUUACAAUAUUGUGAACUUUAUUGUAACAAAUCAAUAAAUUAUACACUAAUG